AUGUCGUUGGAAGCGCAAUUUCGAAAUCUACAACUAGCACCGUCUUCUAAAUGGUAUCCACGACCCACUGAAAAAUGCAGCGGCGAAUUCUACACCGAAAAACAAAAGUUGCUGGUGAAUUGGUUCCGAUUGGCGAAAAAUUGCACGGGAAAACUGAUUUUCGAGUAUAAAGUGGAGGUUUUGAAGGAGGUUGGCAGGAAAGAAGUUCCAGUGCAGGCGUGAGUUUUUUUGGGGCUGAAAAUGCCACGUGGCUGAAAUUUGACUGAAAAUUGAUGGAAAACGUGGAUUUUCGGGUCCUAGGCUCAAAAAACGUGAAUUUCUGGUUGCUAAGCAGGUUUAGGGCCAAAAAACGUGGAUUUUGGAGUUCUAGGCCAAAAAAAAGUGGAUUUUCUGAUCCUGGGCUCAGAAAAACGAGGAAUUUUGAGUGCUAGGCUCAGAAAAACGUGGAUUUUCUGAUCCUAGGCUCACAAAACGUGGAUUUUUGGUCCUAGGCUCAAAAAACCUGAAUUUUCUGGUUCUAGGCUCAAAAAUUGCGGAUUUUUUGAGUUCUAGGCCAAAAAACGUGGAUUUUUUGGUCCUAGGCUCAAAAAACGUGGAUUUUCUGGUCCUAGGCUAAAAAAACGUGGAUUUUCUGGUCCUAGGCUCAAAAAACGUGGAUUUUUUGGUCCCAGGCCCAAAAAACGUGGAUUUUUUGGUCCUGGGCUCAAAAAACGUGGAUUUUUUUGGUCCAGGGCUCAGAAAAACGUGGAUUUUUGGGUCCUAGUCUCAAAAAUCAUGGAUUUUCUGGUCCCAGGCUCAAAAAAACGUGGAUUUUUAAGUGCUAGGCUCAAAAAUCAUGGAUUUUCUGGUCUUAGGCUCAAAAAUUGCGGGUUUUUGGUCCCAGGCUGAGAAAACGUGGAUUUUUUGUCCUAGGCUCAAAAAUUGCGGAUUUUUUGGUCCUAGGCUCAGCAAAACGUGGAUAUUUGGUCCUAGGCUCAAAAAAUCUGAAAUUUUUGCUAUUUAGACCCAAAAAAACGUGAAUUUUCCAGCUCUAGACUUAUCCCAACUCAAAAAAUACCAAACAUUUUCAGAAAAAAUCGCGUCAAACUCUUCUGGACACUCUGCCGAAACGGCGAUUUCCCCGUGCAAAAAUUGGUCUACGAUGAUUUCGAGACUGUGUACAGUCAUGAGCAAUUUCCCCAGGAGAAGUAUGUGUAUAAGAUGAAAAAUGUGCCGGAGGCUGGAAAUUCGAGAAGACCUGAUGUCUAUGUGCUCAAAAUCUCCUACCUCAACAAUUUCAAGCUCGGAUUUUCGCGCAGAAAUCCAGAAGCCGAUGACGAGAUCGCAAAUCGCUCGCAAAAAUUCCUCAAAUGCCUGUUCACCCAGAAAUUCCGCUACUCGCCAAGCGACGCCGAAAAUCCGGCGUUCUUCCGCGAUUUCACCAAUGAUCGAAAUUCGAUCAUUCACAUUCCGACUAUUGAUUUGAGGCCGAAAUUCGAGGUGGCACCGGGAAUUGGCGCGUGGAUGGGUAUUUAUUUUGCGGUUAGGGAGACCGAUAAAUAUGAACCGGUGUUGAAUUUUGGAUGUGAGUUGGGGGGCCUGGGAUUAGGCCUAGGGAGGCCUAGGCUCAUUUCGACUCUUGGUCUACACUCGCGCAGAGCGCUCGGAAAGCCUAGGCCUGGUUUUGAUGAAAUUUGACCUAAAAUUCGAUUUUUAACCUAAAUUUGAUGAAAAUCAAGAAAAUUCCAAUUUUUUCUAUUUUUGCUCACAUUUUUUUGUUUGGUUCUUCAAAAUGAAAAAAGUAUAACAAUUUUUGGCCAUUUUUGAAAUUUUUCAGUGAAAAUGUUGAUUUUUUUGACCAAAAAUUGCGAAAAUUGCUGAAAAUCCCUAAAAUUACUAUUUUUCUAUUAUAAAACUAAAAAAAAACAGAAAAUUUUUGAUGAAUAGCCAAAAUUAAAGAGAAUAAUGGAAUUUGUGAUUUUUGAUUGAAUUUUUGCAGUAAAAAUGGAUUUUUAGCUGGAAAUACUGAAAAUUUGAUGAAAAAUCUGAAAAUUCUUAUUCUUAGACCUGAAAUUUGAUGAAAAAUUGAGAAAUUCAGCUCACAAGACUAGAUUUUCAUGAAACAUCCAAAUUUCUGGUCAAAAAUCUGACAAAUUGGGUCCCAAAACUAGAUUUUUAUGUUAAAUCUUACUUGCAAGCUAAAAAUUCAGAAUUUUUGCUUCUAGACCGAAAAUAACACAAAAAUGGCCAGAAGUGAUGUUUUUAGCUUGAAAAUGGCCAAAAAUUCUGUUUUAAGCCUGAAAAUGUCCAAAAAUCCUGUUUUCAAGCUAAAAUUUCUGAAUUUUCACUUCUAGACCUUAAAAAUCAUGAAAAAUUCAAUUUUUUUGUGAAAAAUCGAUAAAAUUCGCACCAUUCAGAGAAGCCUGUUAAACAAAUAUGCCACGUGGCAAGGCUCGAGCGCUCUGCGCGAGUGUAAACCGCAAGCUUCCGCGUAGCGGCUAGGCCUAUAUUCCGCGAGUCCGCCAGCUUCCGCGUCGCCUUCCGCACCCCCAAAAAUCCCGUUUUUUGCAGUGGUCCACAAGCUCUUCUACAGUAUUCCUCGAAUGAAUCUUCUCGACUACAUGCUCAUUUUAAUCGACGAAAAAACCCAUCAAAAUGAUGAGCUCCGUGAAAAUUACAAGCUGAAAAUCCAGAAAAACGAAUUUGGAAUGAGCCAAACACAACGAGAUCGAGCACGACAUUUGCUCAAAGACCUGCGGUUGAAAGCGGAAAAUGUUCCGGAUAGGCAUCAGAAAUUUGUGGAGCGGCAUGUUAGUUUUAUCGAGUUUACCGAGCAAAUUGCGCAGAAUUAUGUGCUCCGCGAGAUUCACGGAACUCCGACGAUGCUCGAGUAUUAUGCACAUUUCAGGUUGGUGCGCGGAAGCUUGCGGAAGGCCGCUUCGCGGAAUUUUCCGCCUACAGAGCGCUCGAGAUCAAGUUUUGAUAGACCUAAGCCUAGGCGUUGCCGCUUCGCGGUAGCUUGCGGUUUACACUUGCGCAGAGCGCUCGAGGCUUCUAGAACUGGGCGUGGCCGCUACGCGGAAGAUAGUGCCGCUUCGCGGAAGCUUGCGGAAAACAAAAAUAGCAAGUGCGCUCUAAUGAGAAGCCCCAAUUUUUGGAGAAAAAUUCAAAUUUUCAGGUUGAAAAAUAGCAACUGCGCUCUAAUGAGAACCUCCAGUUUUUGGAGAAAAAUUCAAAUUUUCCGAUGAAAAAUAGCAUAAGCUGGAGAAAAAUUCAAAUUUUCCACCAAAAAGGCAACUGCGCUCUAAUAAGAAUCCCCAAAAAUUCAAAUUUUCAUCUCGGAAAAGCAACUGCGCUCUAAUGAGAACCUCCAAUUUUUGGAGAAAAAUUCAAAUUUUCUGGUUGAAAAAUAGCAUGUGCGCUCUAAUGAGAAGCCCCAAAAAUCCUCAAAAAAUUCAAAUUUUUCGCAGACUUCCGCUUCGAUUUCCCGCCUUUCCGCUUGCCCUCUGCAAAUCCGGAAAAAAAGAGCUCCUACUUCCGAUCGAGAUCUUAUUCAUCCACGAAACCGGCCAACGCUUCAAAAAUCAUCUCGACUUCAAUAUGCGCACACAAUUUGUCCGUGGAGCAACUUUGCCACCGCAAGAGCACAAAAAGAGCAUUGAGGCGAUGUUGGAGAAGUUUGAUUUUGGUCCGGAAGGCGGCGCGGAUCUUCCGCUUCCGCUUCCGCACUUCCUACGCAGUUUCGAUGUGUCGCCAAAAUUGGAAAUGAUCGAAUGCGUGGGCAAAGUGCUCAAAGAGCCCCAACUUGUCAAUCGCGAAAAUCAGCGGAUCGAAAUGACGCAAGACGUGCGCGGUUUCCGCGAGAAGGUGCUCAAUAUUGUUCCGCGCGGCAAACUCGCCGUCGGAUUGAUUGUUUUACGCGAAGACGGAAAGGAGGCGGCAUGUGUGAAUGAGAGGGAUUUGCAAGAGUUCUAUACGCUUCUCAUGGAUGUUUGUAUUGAAAGAGGAUUGCCGAUUGAGGAGAAUGAAAAUCGCGGAAAUCGAUCGCUUUUUAGAGGUAGGCGGAAUGGGACGCGGAAGGGUGCGGAAUAGAAUAUUUUUGGCUUCUAGACCUCAAAAUUUUAGGAUUUUUGAGGCUAAUCUGAGCAAUCCUAUGAAAUGUUUGGAUUUUUUGAGGAUAAUAUGAGCAAUCUUAUGAAAUUUCUAGAUUUUUAAAGCUAAUCUGAGCAAUCCUAUGAAAAUUUUGGAUUUUUGAGAGUAAUAUGAGCAAUCCUAUGAAAUUUUUGAGUUUUCAAAGCUAAUCUGAGCAAUCAUAUGAAAGUUUUGAAUUUUCGAAGCUAAUCUGAGCAAUCCUAUGAAAUUUUUGGAUUUUUGAGGCUAAUCUGAGCAAUUCAAUGAAAAUUUUGGAUUUUUGAGGAUAAUAUGAGCAAUCCUAUGAAAUUUUUACAUUUUUAAGGCUAAUCUGAGCAAUUCUAUGAAAUUUUUGAAUUUUUAUAGCUAAUCUGAGCAAUCCUAUGAAAUUUUAAGAUUUUUAAAGCUAUUCUGAGAAAUCCUAUGAAAUUUUUGAAUUUUUGAGGCUAAUCUGAGCAAUCUUUUAAAAUUUUUGGAUUUUUGAGGAUAAUCUGAGCAAUCCUAUGAAAUUUUUGUUGGAAAAAAUAAUUCUGGAAAAAAAUCAUUUCAAACAACGUUUUUUCAGCCAAAAAAACAGGAAAAAAGAAAUUUUUGAAAAAAAAAAUCAAUAGUUGUCCGAGAGAAAUACACAAAUGUGUGUUUGGUUUUCUCGGCCACGGCCACCACAUUUUUUCAUUGUUUUUUUCAAAAUGUUCGGUUUUUCAUGCGAAAAACACGUUUUGAAAUAAGAAUUACAUUAAAAUUUUAUAUUUUCUUGAGAAAAUGUGAAAAUUAUUGAUUUUUCAACCUAUUUUCCAGUUUUCUCCAAUGUCGCCUGCUUCAAUGGUCCCGAAAACUUCCAAACCGCAAUUCACCACACAAUUCAUCAAUUCAAUCAACUCCCCGAGCCCGAAAAAGCCCAAAAAAGCCUAUUUUUCCUGAUUAUCCACAAAAAAUCCUACGAAGCUUAUGGAAGAAUCAAAUUCAUAUGUGAUACUGAAAUCGGUGUGGCAAAUCAGGUUAUUGAUGAGACUACGGUUAGAAAAGCGAUCCGGGAAGCCCAGGAAGGGCCUGAAAGCGGCCUGAAAGCCUCCAAGAAGAUCUUUUAUAAUAUAGCACUGAAAAUCAAUGCGAAAUUGGGCGGAGUGAAUCAGGAAAUUGGGUUUAGCGAGGAUUUUGAGAUGAGUCCUGAGGAAAAAGAAAAACGAGAAAAAGAGCCGCUGAUUAUGUAUGUUGGAAUUGAUGUGACUCAUCCCACAGAGGGAAGUGGUAUUGAUUUUUCGAUUGCUGGAAUUGUGGCGAGUAUUAAUCGAGGAGCGACGAGGUUUGGGAGGUUUUGGGGUGUUUUUGAGCCAAAAAUCGUGAAUUUUGAGCAUUUUUCAGUUGAAAAUCAUGAAUUUCGAGCAUUUUUCAGCUGAAAAUCGUGAAUUUUGAGCAUUUUGAAAUGUAAAUCGUGAAUUUCGAGCAAUGUUAAGCUGAAAAUCCUGAAUUUUGAACAUUUUGAGCUGAAAAUCAUGAAUUUUGAGCAUUUUCAGCUGAAAUUCAUGAAUUUUGAGCAUUUUCAGCUGAAAAUCAUGAAUUUUGAGCAUUUUCAGCUGAAAUUCAUGAAUUUUGAGCAUUUUCAGCUGAAAAUCGUGAAUUUUAAGCUGAAAAUCAUGAAUUUUGAGCAUUUUCAAAUGAAAGUCAUGAAUUUUGAGCCUAAAAACGUGAAUUUUCAGCAAUUUCAAGUGAAAAUGCUCAAUUUGAGUAUCCAUUGCUCAGGUUAGGUGAAGUUUGUUCAUUUUAAGUCAAAAUUGCUAAAAUUUAGUAUCCAUUGCUCAAGUUAAGUCGAAAUUUCUCAUUUUUCAAUUGACAUUUCUAAAAAUGGCUCGGAUUGCUCAUGUUAACUGAAAAAUGCUCAAUUUUUAGCGUCAAUUGCUGAUUUUAAGUAAAAAUUGCUCAUGUUAGGUGAAAAUUGCUCAGUUUUCAAUUUAAAUGUUCAAUAUUGAGCCAAAACAAAAUUUUGAACGCUUUUUUAGUUUAAUAUGAGUAAUCCUAUGAAAUUUUUGGAUUUUUUAAAGCUAAUCUGAGAAAUCCUUUGAUUUUUGUGUAAAAAAUGAUCUUUUUGACUAUAAUAUGAGCAAUCUUCUGAAAUUUUAGGGUUUUUGAGGCUAAUAUGAGCGAGUCUAUCAAAUUUUCUACUAAUUUUUGUUCGAAUUCAAAACUUGAAUUUUGCAGAUACAUCCCAGCAGUUGUGGCUCAAAUGGAAAAGAAUCCGGACGUGCGGAAAGCGGAAAAAGGCCAGCCAAAUCUGAAAAAAUCGCGAGAAAUCACGGAUAUUUUGGAGGGAAAAUUUGUGGCAAUCCUACAGAAAUUUGCCGAAACAAAUCGAAAUCGAUUACCCGACAAAAUUGUGAUUUUAAGAGAUGGAAUUUCGGACUCGGAAAUGCUCGAAAAUGCACAUUUCGAGCUGAAAUCGCUGCGAAAUGAGGUGGCGAUUUUUAUGGGAAAUCGAGAAAAUUCCACGGAAAAGGAGCCGGAAUAUACGUAUAUUGUGGUGCAAAAACGGCAUAAGACGAGAUUUUAUCGGGUUUCGGAAGAGAAUUUGGAGAAGAGCACCGGGUAAGGGUUUUGAGGCCUGAAAAGCCUAGAAAAUGGGCCUUUAAAAGCCUGGAAAAUAUGCUCCCAACUGCUUAUUUAAAGGCUAUGAAAAUAGGCCUUAAAAUAGGCCUUAAAUAGGCCCAUGAAAAAAAUAGGCCUUAAAACUAGCAAGAAAUGGGCCUAGAAAGCCUAGAAAAUGGGCCUUUAAAAGCCUGGAAAAUGAGUCUUUAAAAAUGAGUCGUAAACCUUUGAAUCUCUUUGAUUUUGGCCUCAAAAGGCUAGGAAAAGGGGCCUUAGAAGCCUAUUUAAAGAUUCCUUAAAAAUUAGCACUAAAAGGGCCCAAAAAGCCUAGAAAAAUAGGCUUGAAAAUGUGGGGAAUAGGCUCUCCAAAGCUUAUUUAAAGGCUUCUAAAAGCCCAGGAAAGGCUUCUAAAAGCCCAGGAAAAUAGGCCUUAAAAUCAGCACUAAAAGGGCCCAAAAAGCCUAGAAAAUGGGCCUGAAAAGCCCUAAAAGCCUAUUUUCUACCCUAAAACCCACUUUUUCCAGAAUUCUCAACCCAAAAUCCGGUACGGUAGCCGACAAGACUGUAGUCUCACCCUACAAAUUCGAUUUUUGGCUAACUUCCCAACAUGGAGCACUGGGAACUUCGAGACCCGGACACUAUACUGUACUUUUUGAUAAUUCCGGAAUGACCAAGGAUCAGGUUUAUGUGAGUUUUUUCGGAGCAUUUUGAGCCAAAAAUCGUAAAAUUUGGAGCAUUUUGAGCUGAAACUCAGGAUUUUUGACAAAUUUUGGAGCGAAAAUCAGCAUUUUUGGCAUACAGUACCUCUGGAUUACUGUACCUCAUUUUGUAGGGAAUUUCAAGAGCUACAAAUUGAUUCCAAAUUUGACACCAAUACUACAGUACUCCUGGAUUACUGUAGCUCAUUUUGUGGAGAAUUUCAAGAGCUAAAAAUUGAUUCUAAAAUUUGACGCCAAAACUACAGUACCCCUGGAUUACUGUAUCUCAUUUUAUAGAGAAUUUCAAGAGCUACAAAUUGAUUCCAAAUUUGACACCAAAACUACAGUACUCUUGGAUUACUGUACCUCAUUUCGCAGAGUAUUUCAAGAGCUAUAAAAUUAACCAAAAUUUGACGCCAAAACUACAGUACUCCUGGAUUACUGUAACUCAGUUUGUAGAGAAUUUUAAGAGCUACAAAUUGAUUUUAAAUUCGGCCUCAGAAACUACAGUACUCCUGGAUUACUGUAGCUCAUUUUGUAGAGAAUUUCAAGAGCUACAAAACUACAGUACUCCUGGAUUACUGUAGGUCUCCAAAAAACAUCCAAAUUUCACCAAAAAAACUCGAUUUUUGCUCAGAAUUUUGCGAUUUUUUCAAAUUUCUCACCCAAAAUCCACCAAAAAUCCCAAAUUUUUUGCAGAAAAUGUGCUACGAACUGUCAUUUCUCUCGGCCCGUUGUCGAAAACCCAUCUCAAUUCCGGCUCCAAUCCACUACGCACAUUUGACGUGCGAAAAAGCCAAAGAAAUCUUCAAGGCCACCAAAAAAGGCCUGGCGAGACCCGAAAAAGAGCGAAUGAUGAUUGAGCAAGUCUUGCAACCCAACCGCUGUUAUCCCGGAAUGUCGUUUGUGUAA